AUGUCGUCCAUGUCUGCCGUUCAGCACCGUGCUGAGAGCCUGGAUUGGUCGAGAUCCUCCUCAAGGCAAGCCUACGACCAUCCUUCGGUACAUGGAUCCAAGAGCUGGGACAAGACUGAUAAUUACUUCACCAGUGGCUUACCUACGCCACCUGGAUCGAAGAACAUGAACUGGGGCAAUCUAGGAAGCAGCUACGCAAGCUCCGUGAGCGACCUCUCCCAACAAGACCGAGAUCUGCCCUGGGCUGGACCUGGUACCUCUCAGCAAUACCGAGAGUCGAGCACAACCUCGAAUGGCAGUUCUUACACGUCGAUGCCUAUUUCUGAGUCCAGCCUUUACAACCGCCAGGCCGCGGAGCAAAACAACGUCACUUCUAUUGCACCACAUCUGCAGAUUCCAGAAUCAGUCAACAAGAGCAAGGGCAGUCUAGCAGAGUUCACCGCUGAAAUCACCUCUCUAUUCUGGUUCGAGACUGCAGACACGUUACAAUAUGCAGAAAAUUUACCAAUUGACAAGCCGACAGACAAAGGCCUGCUCUCCGAUGCUACUCCGACGAUUGGUUUCAGGAAGUGGGUGACCACAAUCAUCAGCACCACCCAAGUUGGCAAGAAUGUCGUUUUGCUGGCAUUGAUGUUCAUUUACCGGCUUAAGAAAUUCAACCCAACAGUCAGCGGCAAGCGAGGGAGCGAGUUUAGACUCCUGACGAUUGCUUUGAUGCUGGGCAACAAAUUUCUGGACGACAAUACAUAUACCAACAAGACCUGGGCAGAGGUUUCUGGCAUUUCUGUUACCGAAAUCCAUAUCAUGGAAGUCGAAUUCCUCAGCAACAUGCGAUACGAGUUGUAUGCCUCGGCCGAAGAGUGGAAUGAGUGGAAGACCAAACUGGGCAGGUUUGGCGCGUUCUAUGACAAAGCUUCACAACUGCCUUCGGUGCGUGAGGGCAAAGGAACGGCUCCGGUCACACCAACAUCGCAGAGCUUCUCUCACAAAUUACCCUCCCCACCAUCACCUCGUCACGCCGCCACACCCUUUACCAGGUCGGCCUCAUCACACAGUGAAUAUCCGACCCUACCACAGCCACUGCCUUCCGCAUUGCAACUACCAAAUUCGCCCUUAAGGCAACAACCAUACGUAUCAAAUAACCACUCUGAACCACGAAAGAGAAGUGCGGACCUCUCAGCGGAUAUUCCACCUGCGAAAAGGCAGCAGCAGCAGUAUCCUGUUCCGAUGCAAGGAGCAGCCUUGAACGCUACCAAUUCGCACCAAUACCUCCCGAACAGUCUCAGAAUUCCUUCAGUCCAGAACAACAGCAACUUUGCGGAUGCCAGAUUGACUCCAACGUCACUGGAUAUCCCGCGGCUGGAUAUUUCAAGAGUUCAUUCGUCAUCUGGACUCCCUCCUACUCAGCUCGCCCUACCUCAACUGGCUCCUUUGUCAAUGCCGGUGAAUCGAGCAAUGGCAAGCGUCUAUCCAAACACAUCAGCUGCCUACUCCCAUCCUGUGACUCCCAUCUCGGCGAUUCCUCAGAAUCUAUUUCAAACCCCGAUACCCAACCUCGGUGACGCUUCCAGGUCGGCAUCAAACUAUCCUUCAGCUCAUACGUCGCCGUCGAAUGGCUUCAAUGCCUCCACACCUACACUCCCGGGACUUUCCCCUUCAUACUUUUUAACUCAUCGGACGUCGCCCUAUCGCCCUGUACGGCAUGUCAACACGUUGUUGAUUCCACCGCCUUCUACUACCCUCCAAGCGCCUGUCAGAAAUGUUCCAUACGAUCAGAUUCAUUAUCAACCCUUGAGCAAGACUAUUUCUGAACGUCACACGGGACCUCUUCCUUUUAUGCAACCUGAUGGAUGGCACCGGAGCAAUUCUACCCCUUUUACUCAUCAGCAAUACCCGUUCUAA